UCCAAAGGUGCAGUUCCGGAUGAUGACAUGUUAAGACAAAAACAAACCGAUCUGCAAAAACGGCGUGUCUCUUCCGGGCUUACUAUAGCUUACAUCUCAGUGGGGCAUUAUGAUGAUAACCGUGUAUUUGUAAAAUGUAUUUGAGAGCAGUGUUGAUGCUUCUAAAAUAACGCCUGUAAAUAUGCUGGAAGUGCCUACAUUUCCCGAGAAGCAAGUGAAAAUUUCCGGGUAACGUUCCCGCAUUGUCGCCUAUGAAUAAGUAGUCUUGCCUAAGAAGAAUUCAAUCAUGACAAAAUGGCGAGCGGUGUUGGAAAGCACAAGUUAUCCUUGGGACCCACAGAGCCAUGGUCGGUGAGGGAGAAGCUAUGCCUGGCCUCCUCGGUUAUGAAGAGCGGAGACCAGAAUUGGGUGUCUGUCAGUCGAGCCAUCAGACCUUUUGCAGAGCCUGGACGACCACCUGACUGGUUCUCCCAAAAGCAUUGUGCUUCCCAGUACUCUGAGCUCCUGGAGACAACCGAAGCUCCAAAGAGAAAGCGCGGAGAGAAAGGAGAGGUUGUGGAAACGAUAGAGGAUGUGAUCGUGCGGAAACUAACAGCGGAACGCAUUGAGGAGCUCAAGAGGUUGAUCAGAGACACUCAGGAGAAGCACAGGAAGCUGAAGAGAGAAGCUGAGUUGAUUCAGGCAGGACAUCUGGAUUCAAAACUGGAGGAGCUCUGGGGGGAGAUCGUACAGAAGAAGAAACAGGAGGAUGAGGAGGCCGAGGUGAAGAGGAAGGCUACUGAGACUGCCUAUGAGGCCAGACAGGCAGUGAAGAACACUCCCAGACGAAUGCCCAGUGUGGCUGUGAGCUCGCCUCCUGGGGAGCCCUCUCUUAACCUGGACCAGUCCGGCAGUGACCAGCCUAUACCCACACCCACACCCGAUGACCCCAGCUCCACAGGCCAGGGGACAGCUGUGUUCAUCCCCUUACCGGAGGUCUCGGCGUCGAGCGUGUCGGAGCCUUGCCUCGGAGGGCUGCUGGUUCAGAAGGCCACACCACCCCCCUCCCCUCUGCUCUCUGAGCUGCUGAAGAAGGGCAACCUCCUGGCCACCAGCCCCAGACUGGUGGCUGACGGUGACCUUCCAACCUGUAACAUGACAGGAAUGCAUGGUAUCGACCUCCAGGUGACAGCAACAGCAUUACCUGCCUCUCAGGCUGCUUCAGGAGCGCCCACUCUGUCUCGUCUGCUGGAGGCUGGUCCUGCUCACUUCCCCUCCUCUCUGGGGCCCCUCGCAGCCCCAGCAGAUGCCCCUGCUGCUGCCUCUGCCGCCCCUGCCAUGGACCCUCCUGCCCAUCUCCACACAGGUAGUGAUGGGUUGUCAGGCUGUGGGACUAAGGGCCUCCUCUCACAUUCAGCUGAGGUGAAGCAGACCCUGGGCGAGGAGGACCUGAUGAAUGUGUCCUACAUGGAGGAUGAGCUGGACUUGGACACCAUGGGAGACAUCAUCGCCAUAAUGGAGAACAAGGCACGUGAAAAUGCUGAGGCAUUGGAUGCAGCCGCUGUGGAGGCAGCACUCUCCCUGUGCGAGGACGCCGGCCACAGCCUCACUGGCCCCUGGGAGGUGGCCUCUUCCUUCAAGCCACCUGACGCAGUCGACUCUACCCUCACCGAGGGUAGCCUGAGGAAAAGAGAGGCGACUGAUGCCACCAGAGCGGUGUCAGUAAGUGAUUCCCAAGACCGCCGGCGUCAGACUUUCCCUGCUACUGUUCCUGGGUCAGUGACACGUACGCACACACAUGGCCCUGCCCUGCCCUGCGACUCAGACUCUGCUGUCCAAGUGGUCAGGGGGGAACAGCAGGAGAAAAAUGGCCUCAGCUGUCCCACUGUGGCUAUCAAAUGUGGGACACCUCCACCAAACACAGACUCUAUGACAGAAGAAGACCCUGCGUUAUUAAAGCUGUCCAAGGAAGUGAAGGAGGAGGAGGUGGAGCUGGCGGAGGGCGUGGAGUGCGGGCUGGGCGAGGCCGCGGAGGGCCGGGGGGCCGAGGGGGAGCUGGAGCUGGAGCCGGCGGCCAGCGAGAGCGAGGACGGCUGCAGCCUGCACACGGCCUCCUCCUCCCUUCAGCUCCACGCCACAGCUGACUCCAUCCCCAGCAGCCCCGCCUCGUCCCAGUUUUCGAUAUGCAGUGAAGAUCAGGAGGCCAUCCAGGCACAGAAGAUCUGGAAGAAGGCCAUCAUGUUGGUGUGGCGAGCAGCAGCAAAUCACAGAUAUGCCAAUGUCUUUCUGCAACCAGUUACAGAUGACAUUGCCCCAGGGUACCACAGUAUUGUGUACAGGCCCAUGGACCUGUCCACCAUCAAGAAGAACAUUGAGAUCGGCACCAUCCGCAGCACGGCAGAGUUCCAGCGUGACAUCAUGCUCAUGUUCCAGAACGCGGUGAUGUACAACAGCUCGGACCACGACGUCUUCCACAUGGCGCUGGAGAUGCAGCGCGACGUGCUGGAGCAGGUGCAGCAGUUCCUGGCCACGCAGCUCAUCAUGCAGACCUCCGAGUCGGGCAUCAGCGCCAAGAGCCUGCGCGGCCGAGAGGCCAACCAUAAGCAGGACCCCAGCGACAAGGACACUCUGCCUAUGGCGUCCCCUGCCUUCCUUCUCUCUCUCUUUGACGGAGGCACUAGGGGGCGACGUUGUGCCAUAGAGGCAGACCAGAAGAUGAAAAAAUAAGCAGUGGUGUAAUGGUAGUGGGUGAGCGGGCUGGUCAGAGAUCUCAAGCCUCAAAGGGAGUCUGGACCGAAGAUGCCACAUCUCAGAAAGAAGCCUUUGUGUUCCCUUAUCUACAUGUGUGGAAGUGGUUUCAAUUCUGCAAACCCCUCUCUCCCAUCACUUACAAUGGCACUUAGUUAGUCCUCCGGAUCUGACAUUUUAAAUUUGGUUUUAGGCAGGGGGAGGAAGCAUUUUCUUUUUUCUAUGAUUUUGUAAUUGUUUUCCUACAUUGUGAGCAUGUCUGUCAUAAACGGUGGAUGUGUUGUUUUGUGCAGUACUAUGAAUUACUGAACAUGUAGUGCCUUUUUAGGUAUUGAAUGACUUAGUCUAAUAAACCGACUUCAGCAGUA